CAGUUGACUUCGGAGUCUAGCAAGGAUAUUGGCAUUGGGAAAAAAAGUGGUAGAUGGACCAGCCACGUACGUGCUAUUUCCAACAUCUUCUGUGAAUUUUCAUAGUGCUGACCAUUCAAAGCCAUGAACUCGAUCGUUAAUGUGAACUCGAUCCAAAUUUUGCAAGAUUGAUAUGUCAGCGAUGUUUCUCAAGACUUUGCUCUUCCUGUUCCUCCUCCACCGAGAAGUUGCAGACUCUUGCGGUGGGACUGAUGGGUUCACCUUCAAUGGAUUCCGUUGCCGCAAUAUUGAUCCCGACGGGAUCGCGUCGAUCACCUCCAACGGGCUUCUCGUGGUCACCAACAACACAUUCGAAUCGAGGGGCCACGCCUUCUACCCAACCCCACUUCGCUUCAAAGAGUCUCCUAAUGGUACCGUCUUCUCCUUCUCCACCACUUUUGUCUUUGCCUUCAUCUCAGAACUGCCGGACCUUAGCGGGGAUGGGAUGGCCUUCUUAGUUUCCCCCACCAAGGACUUCUCCCGAGCCUUAGGUAAUCAGUAUUUAGGCCUCUUCAAUUCAAGCAACCUCGGUAACUCGACCAACCAUGUCCUUGCGAUCGAGCUUGACACAAUCCGUAACCCCGAAUUCCAAGAUAUUGAUGAUAACCAUGUCGGGAUCAAUAUCAACGACAUGAAAUCUGAUGAGUCCCAAACUGCUGGUUAUUGUCUGAAUGACACUGGUUCGUUCCAAAAUCUAAGCCUCAGUAGCGGCCAAACCAUGCAAGUUUGGGUAGACUAUGAUAGCCAUGAGAUGCUACUUAACGUGACCCUAGCUUCAUUCCCCAUGGCCAAACCCCAUAGACCUCUCUUAUCUGCGGUCGUCAAUCUUACAAGCGUGUUGUUGGAAACGAUGUAUGUUGGAUUCUCCGCCUCCACUGGUCCUUUCCUAACAUCUCAUUACGUCCUUGGUUGGAGCUUUAAGAUGAAUGGCGUAGCCCAAGCUCUCAACUCCUCCCUGCUGCCUUCUCUUCCACGUGCGAAAUCAAAUCACAAGUUAAAGGUUUUGCUCAUCGAGCUGCUCUUGGCGCCAGUUACAGUUGUUCUAAUCAUAGUAGGGAUUGUCGUGUUCAUCCUGAGACGGUCCAAGUACUCAGAGCUCCUGGAGGACUGGGAGCUUGAGUACGGGCCUCAUCGGUUCUCCUACAAAGAUUUGUUCAAAGCUACUAAGGGUUUCAGGGACAAGGAGCUGCUCGGAAUGGGCGGGUUCGGGAGAGUGUACAAGGGCGUGUUACCGUCUUCUAGAUCGGAGGUUGCAGUCAAACGAGUGUCCCAUGGUUCAAGACAGGGUAUGAGAGAGUUCAUUGCAGAGAUCGUCAGCCUCGGUCGCCUCCGCCACCGAAACCUCGUCCAAUUGCUGGGCUACUGCCGACGCCAAGGAGAGCUUCUGUUGGUGUAUGAUUACAUGCCCAAUGGCAGUCUCGAAAAGUUCCUACACGAUCAAGCUAUGCCUACUCUGGAUUGGGCGACGCGGUUCCGGAUCAUCAAAGGCGUGGCAUCAGGGCUUCUGUAUCUACACGAAGAUUGGGAGCAAGUCGUCAUCCACAGAGACAUUAAGGCGAGCAACGUGUUGCUCGACAAUGAAUUGAUUGGAAGGUUGGGUGACUUUGGCCUAGCAAGGUUGUACGAUCAUGGAACGGAUCCACAGACCACCCAUGUGGUGGGAACCAUGGGUUAUCUUGCUCCCGAGCUUGCUCGAACCGGCAAGGCGACCACCAUCACCGACGUGUUUGCGUUCGGCGUCUUCCUCCUUGAGGUUGCUUGCGGGAGGACGCCGGUGGACCCGACGGCGGACGAGGAGAAGCUUAUUCUGUCAGACUGGGUGUUGAAGAAUUGGCAGAAGGGAUCGAUAGUGGAGACGACGGAUCCAAGGCUCGAAGAAGAGUACGAUGUGGAGGAGGUGGAGCUGGUGUUGCAGCUUGGACUGUUGUGCUCGCAUCCACUGCCGACGGAAAGGCCGAGCAUGCGCCAAGUGGUGCGCUACUUGGAGGGCCAUGCACCGCUUCCCGUGCUGUCGCCCACGUACCUCAGCUUCAGCGCUUUUGUGCGGCUUCGCAACGACGGUGUCGAUGACCGUAUCAUAGCCUUGGGUAAUCGGUUCUUAGGCCUCUUCAACCAGAGCAACAAUGGGAACUCGAGCAAUCAUAUUCUUGGCAUCGAGAUCGACACAAUCCGUAGUCCUGAUUUCCAAGACAUCGAUGACAAUCAUGUCGGAAUCGACAUUAACAGCCUGACAUCUAACUCUUCCCACACCGCUGGUUACUAUGAUGACCACACUGGUUUGUUCAAAGCUUUAAGCCUUAGAAGUGGUGAAGCCCUGCAAGUUUGGGUAGAUUACGACGGCCAAGAGAUGCUGCUUAAUGUUACCUUAGCUUCAAUCCAAAUGGCCAAACCCCAAAAACCUCUCUUAUCUGCGACCAUCGAUCUAUCAAGCGUGCUAACGGAUCCCAUGUAUGUUGGAUUUUCCUCAUCCACUGGUUCAAUCCCGACGUCUCAUUACAUUCUGGGUUGGAGCUUUAACAUGAAUGGAGUAGCUCAAGCUCUCGACUAUUCCCUACUGCCCUCGCUCCCUCGUGUGAGACCCGAGCCAGGAUCAAAGGCGUUGGCGAUUUCACUGCCUCUAGCAUCAGCUGGACUAGUUCUAAUCGUCGUAGGAGCCCUGGUGUUCAAGGUAAGAUGGAGGGUCAAGUACGCUCAGCUCCUCGAGGACUGGGAGCUUGAGUACGGCCCUCAUCGGUUCUCCUACAAAGACUUGUACGAAGCUACCAAGGGUUUCAAGGACAAAGAUUUGCUCGGAAAAGGCGGAUUCGGAAAGGUCUACAAGGGGGUGCUGCAGACUUCGAAAUCGGAGAUUGCGGUGAAGAGAGUAUCUCAUGAAUCAAGACAGGGCAUGAGGGAGUUUAUAGCUGAGAUAGUUAGCAUCGGUCGCCUCCGCCACCGCAACCUUGUUCAGUUGUUGGGCUAUUGCCGACGCAAAGAUGAGCUCCUGUUGGUGUAUGAUUACAUGCCCAAUGGCAGCCUGGACAAGUUUCUGCAUGGCCAAGACAAGCUUACUCUGGAUUGGGCGACACGGUUCCGGAUCAUCAAAGGCGUGGCAUCAGGACUUCUGUAUCUACACGAAGAUUGGGAGCAAGUCGUCAUCCACCGAGACAUCAAGGCGAGCAAUGUGCUGCUCGACCACGAAUUGAAUGGUAGGUUGAGUGACUUUGGCCUAGCAAAGUUAUACGAUCGUGGAACGGAUCCACAGACCACCGGUAUCGCGGGAACCAUGGGUUACCUUGCUCCCGAGCUCCCUCGAACCGGCAAGGCGACCACCAUGACCGAUGUGUUUGCCUUUGGGGUUUUCAUUCUCGAGGUUGCUUGCGGAAGGAGGCCGGUGGACUCGAUGGCGGACGAGCAGCACCUUGUUCUGUUGGAUUGGGUGGUAGACAAUUGGCGGAAGGGAUCCAUACUCGAGACGAGGGAUCCAAGACUUGGGGAAGAGCUUGUGGUGGAGGAGGUGGAGCUGGUGUUGAAGCUCGGACUGCUGUGCUCGCAUCCACUGCCCGCAGCCCGGCCGAGCAUGCGCCAAGUGGUACGCUACUUGGAGGGUCAUGCACCGCUGCCGGAACUGUCGCCGACGUACCUCAGCUUCAGCGUUCUUGCUUUGCUUCGGAAUGAUGGCUUCGAUGAACAUUGCAUGUCGUAUCCUUCGUCGGUGGCUACUGCAUCGAUUAUUUCGGGAGGCCGAUGACGGAGUAGAUGACUAGUCAUCAUAUGUGUCGCCCCCCCUCUCCCCUAACGUUCCUUUGUCCUACGGUGCAUCGUCAGCUUUGGAGGACUACUCGACUACCGACCAGUCGAAGUAUCG